AUGGGUGACCGUUCAAGAAGCAGAUCACCGAGAAGACGAUAUGAUGAGGAUCGGAGCCGGCCUCGCAAGACUGGAGGAGGAUUCCGGUGGAAAGAUAAACGCCACGAUGGUGACAGACCCGGAGCAGAAGAUAGCAGGCUGAGCCGGGGUUACAGAGACAGAGGAGACCGGCCACGAUCACCACGAAGGGACCGAGACUCAGAUCGACACAGAGACAGUUACAGGGACGGUGAUCGCGAUCGCGACCGCGACCGCGACCGAAGACGACCAGACGAUAGUCAGAAAGAUGAGCGCCGGGAGAAAAAGAAAGAGAAGCCAGAGAAGAAGGCCGUUGUCGCGCCUCAAUCCUCAGAACCUAUGAUUGUGGUGCAUGUCAACGAUCGUCUGGGAACCAAGGCUGCGAUACCAUGUCUUGCAUCUGAUCCUAUCAAGCUCUUCAAGGCCCAGGUAGCUGCACGUAUCGGACGUGAACCCCAUGAGAUUCUACUCAAACGACAAGGCGAACGACCAUUCAAGGAUCAGCUCACAUUGGAGGACUAUGGAGUCAGUAAUGGCGUCCAGCUUGACCUGGAGGUUGGAACAGGCGAAUAA